AGCAAUUCCAUCGCUCGAGGUCAGCAGAUUCAUCUUGAACGCAAUCAACUGAAAGAGGAGGAUCCUGCAAACAUACCGCCACCAUCUACUCGUACCUCUACAGCAGUCAACUGCACUCUGUUGUCUUUGGAACACCACCCACGCUAAGGCAUCACCUUGUGCGGGCUCGGUGGAUUCCCACUCUCGAUAACCCGACACACCCUGGCCUCCCGACUCCGGCACCAGGCGUUGGGCUUGCAUGCUGCAUCUGGAGUCCGAGUCUGUGCUCAUCAUCCACAGGGCCAGAGCCUAGCCUGCUCAUCCUUCCUCCUGCCUCUCGUAACCACACCAAUCUGGUUAUCAUCCGUCUGUCACCAUUCAUCGCCAAACCCUCCAUUGCUGCAUCGCACGUCAUCCACGAUACAUCACGUCUUUUCUCCGAUUCACCUUUCACUACCUUGGGACAAACACUUUUCACCACCGAACGGACCGUUUACUGCGCGCUGCCUGGAGCGUGUGCGCCAGUCUUCGCCUAUCAAAAAUCUUCCUGCGCUGGGCCCUUGGCCUGCACCUCUGCGUGAUCCCGCCCCCGCGCCACCUGUUCUGUAUCACGAGAACCAACUUCACUUCGCCUGCGCAUUCUGGCCACCUCAAAACAAAGUCAGCACGCGGUCUCCGAUCACCGCUAGCUGAUGUCCAUUCGUUCCGUCCUCUUCCUGCGUCAUGGCAAUGCAAGCGCCGCUUGCCAACGACAAGAAGAGAGUCAAAGUUUAUGAGCUGCGCGACAAUGACUGGUUCGAUAGAGGCACCGGCUUCUGCACUGGGCAGGUCAUCAACGAUGAACCGCGCAUCUACGUCGAGUCCGAGGACCAACCCGAUCGCAUGUUGCUCGAAACGAAAAUAGUCAAAGAUGACGGAUAUCAGAAACAACAAGACACCUUGAUAGUAUGGACCGAAACCAAUGGCACUGAUAUGGCCCUCAGUUUUCAAGAGGCGGAAGGGUGUGCAGUUAUAUGGGAAUUUGUGCAUCAAGUCCAACAGCAGCUAUUGUCAAUGCCUGAUGACGGCGUGUCGGAUGAUGGCGUGGACAAUAUCUCCACUUCCUUUACCCUCAACCCCCCGGAAUUGAGGAAUCUGGACGAAAUCGAACAGAACAUCCGGCAAGCCAGCAUCACUCAAGGCGGUCGAGAAGCACUUGCGAAAUUCUUACUGAAAGAGCACUAUGUUGAGAAGCUGAUACCACUCGUGGAGAUCGCCGAGGACCUUGAAAGCCUACAAGACUUGCAUCGACUGUGCAAUAUCAUGAAGGCUCUAAUUUUGAUGAACGACAACACAGUCAUCGAACACCUCGUCACCGACGAUAUCAUCAUCGGAGUAGUGGGCGCACUCGAAUAUGACCCCGACUUCCCCACGCACAAGGCCAAUCACCGACAGUAUCUAUCGGAUGAAUCCAGGUAUAAAGAGGUGGUUGAGAUCAAGGAUCCCAACAUCAAGCGGAAAAUAAGGCAGACGUGGAGAUUACAGUAUCUAAAAGAUGUCGUUCUGGCUCGGAUCUUGGACGAUCCUACCUUUGGAGUCUUGAAUUCCCUUAUUUUCUUCAAUCAAGUCGACAUUGUACAACACCUACAGAACAACACCGCCUUCUUGAAGGAACUCUUUGCAAUUUUCAGCCCGGAAAACAACGAUGUGAAGCGAAAAGAACAAGCUGUGCAUUUCCUGCAACAAUGCGCCGCGAUUGCGAAGACGUUGCAAAUGCAGGCAAGGGCUAAUCUGCUCAACAACUUUAUUGCUCAUGGCCUCUUCUCAGUCAUCACCUUCGCCGUCAAGCACCCAGAACCAUCAAUGAGAACAACAGGCAUCGACAUUUUGGUGGCUCUUCUGGAUCACGACCCGAAUAUGAUGAGGGGUUACAUGUUGAAAGCUGUGCACGAAAAGAAGACACCAUUGACCGACACACUAAUCGACCUCUUGCAUGCCGAGACUGAUCUAGGCGUGAAGAAUCAGCUGGCGGACGCGAUAAAAAUCUUAUUGGAUCCUCAGCCUCCUUCCAACGAUCCCAUGGCUAAUCGACAGAAUUCCGAGUUUAUGACGAAACUGUCUAGGCCGCCCCAAAUGACCGAUGCACAGCAGAAGCGCGAGGAGUUUGCCCAAGAGAAUUUCGAUCGCUCCUGUCGCAAGCUAUUCAAACCGCUAAAAGACCUCGAAUUUCGGGAGUCAAUGCAGGAUUUUUCAUAUCAGGAGGUUUCCUUGUUCUCAUAUCUCGUGGAGAUAUUGACCUUUUUUGUCCGACAGCAUUCCAUGAGGAGUCGAUCAUUCAUCCUUUCAGAGGAUCCAUCGCCACGAGCGGCCCAACUAUUACAAGUGCCACAGAAGCCUCUCAAAUUGACCGCCUUGAAAUUCUUCCGGACGUGCAUAUCACUGCAAGAUCAAUUUUAUGCGGCUCAAGUCAUCAAGAGUGGCGCGUUUGGUGCCAUUCUGGGAAUAGUGAUAGAGACAAUGCCUAGGGAUAACCUCCUGAAUUCGGCGUGUCUGGAACUGUUCGAGUUCAUCAAAAGGGAGGCCAUCAAGCCGAUCAUGCUCCACCUUGGCGAGAACUAUCGGCAGCAGCUCCAAGAUGUCACUUACGUGGACACAUUCGAACAGAUCCUACUGAGAUUUGAACAGCUGACGACAGAUCACCCCGAACCGGACCAUACCCUCUUCAGCCAGGACGAUGCCACACCUCCGAUGAAUCGGACCCACAUCAAUGGAAGAUGGCAAGGACUGCAGGAAAUGGAUGCGAAUGAAGAAGACUAUUUCAACACUUCCGACGAUGAAGAAGAGGAGCAUGAUGAAGACGCCGAGCGUGAGAACGCAGAGGAUGUUUCUGAGCGUAUGCAAUGGCAUCGUAAGCGGAUCAAGUCUGACAUGACGAAUGGCGCUGCUUCGCCUAUCAGCAAGCCUCUGGUCGACUACCCGGACGAUGAUGAGGACGAGAACAUGGAUGCGAAAGCUGUCACGCCACAAACACCGCUGACCCCUGAAAGCGCCAAGGAGGGGUCAUCUCCCGAGAGCAAGGCUAUUUCUGAGAAGAAGUUGCAGCCAUCCCCCGACAUCAAAGAGCCAGAGCUGCAACAUCCUCCCGAACGGGUGACAGAAAAACGAAGACGGCAAGAAGAUGAUGAUGAAGAUGAACUAGGGAAAUUGUCAGGUGGACCGAAACGAAGAAACUCGGCUUCGAGCGCGUCUAGCCUUGGCUCAUCGGGCUCGCUGAAGCGUAAGAAAGGCUUCUUGCGAUCGAAGCAAGCGGCAGAUCAAUCUACGCUGUCCAGCAGCGCAGAUACCGAGAAUCAUGUUGAAGGACGGAAGCCGCGCAAGAUUGCUAUCAGCCUGUCCAACGUUACGAACAAGCCGGACGAUUCGCCGACAAGUACGAAAGCCCAAGGGAAGCAAGCUGUCGCCGCCAGAGAACAGAGCUGAAUUUGUGCGCCGCAAGACACAUGGGCUUAAUUUUGGCGAAGGUGUUGAGGGCGUCUGAUUCUGUACCAUAUAACUUGAGGGCCAGGCGUUUUCCCGGAGCAUCUAGACAUAAUGUCCUUGACCUUGCAUGAAGAGAUGACGAGCGAAGGAUGGCGUUAGCUAUGACCACACGACUCCAUGAUCAUAUCAUGCUGAGUUGAGCUGCCGUGCAAGUUGCCAGCAGAUUGGCUUUUUUGGGAAAGAUGUCACCAUAGGAGACAUGAAAACUCUUGAUUUGUGAAUAAUAGAGUAGAGGGGCCUUAGCGGGCUGCGGUACGAGUACUUCACCUCUCUU